GGCACAGCACUGCAGGUGAGAUUGACCAAGGGAUGAACAAGAACUUCUUAGUUUGCGCUUACCGCCCAUGGAAACUGGUUUCUAUUUUCCUCGUUUUUUUUUUUAAAUUAAAAACCGGAGCAAGAGAACAUCAAAGGAAAUUUUCAGCUAAUCAACUGAAGAGGAUGACGAGCAUGUGCUUUUCGAUUAUAACUCGAAGAUGUUUCUCGGUUUGGAGCAAACCGGUGGUGGAAAUGGCGGCUAAAGAUGGGGAGCUAAGGGUUUUCAUUAUUUCUGGCGAGGCCUCUGGCGACACCAUUGGCUCUCGUCUCAUGGCAUCUCUCAAGAAGCUCUCUCCUUUUCCUGUCCGUUUCUCAGGUGUAGGAGGGUCCAUGAUGUCGAAUGAAGGACUGAAAUCCCUAUUCCCUAUGGAGGAUAUUGCCGUGAUGGGCAUAUGGGAGCUUUUGCCGCAUCUGUAUAAAUUUAGACUCAAGUUGAAGGAAACAACAGAGGCUGCUUUUAUGUUUAAGCCUCAUGUGGUUGUGACUGUGGAUUCCAAGGGUUUCUGUUUCCGCUUGUUAAAGGAGUUAAGGGCUAGAUACAAUCAGCAACGGUUGGAUGGCCCUCCACACUUCCAUUAUGUAGCACCAUCAUUCUGGGCAUGGAAAGGGGGUGAAGCGAGACUCAGAGGCUUAGCUAAAUUUGUAGACCAUGUGUUUUGCAUACUUCCAAAUGAGGAAAUGGUUUGCCGGUCAAAUGGGCUGGGUGCAACCUUUGUGGGGCAUCCCAUUCUUGAAGAAAUAUUAGAAUGGAACUUGAGAAAACAAAAUAUACCUCAUAAAUGGAAGAUAGAAGGCAAUGGCGAAGACUUUCAAGCUAAAUAUUCAAUUCCUUCAGGUGCCACUGUCAUUUCGGUACUACCUGGAAGCAGGUUACAAGAAGUCACCCGAAUGCUUCCCAUCUUUGCAAGCACUAUGGAGCACUUGAAAGAUUCCUUUUCUGCAUUGGUAACAGUAAUCCAUGUGGCAUCCAAUCUACAUGUGCAGAGCUACAUCAGUAAAGCCCUUCAUGAGUGGCCAGUGCCUUUCAUAUUGAUUCCAGGAGGAUCGCAAAACCUUAAGUAUGAUGCAUUUAGUUCAGCUGCAUUAUGUACUUCUGGAACAGUUGCUGUUGAGCUACAGCUUGCACGGUUGCCAUGUGUUGUCGCAUACCGGGCACAUUUUCUAACUGAAUGGUUUAUUCGUUAUAAAGCAAAAAUAUCAUACAUAUCUCUACCUAAUAUUCUUUUAGAUUCUGCUAUCAGUCCCGAGCUCUAUUUAGCAUGCAACCCUACAAAUCUGGCUGCACUACUGAUGAAAUUGGUUCACAAUGAAGGCUCUAGAGAGGAGCAAGUUGUUAGUGCUGAAAAGAUUAUAAGGCUUUUAUGGCCUUCAGAAAGAACAGUAGACAAUUUGGCAGGGCGGAAUAUGUAUCUGGAGCUUGUCAACCAUGCCCCGAGUACGGUAGCAGCUUCUGUCAUGCUUAGCUAUGUGAAGCCAUGAAAGAUGUGUAGGAAACAAGGUUAUGGAGUUGGAGCUUUUGUUUAUUGGGAUUGAGAAUGAAGAUGUAGACUUAUUUAUUCUCUAUGUUGUGUAAUUUCUUCUUUUGAAAUAGUAAAUUAAAUUAAGUCAACAUUGAGAAUAGACCAUAGUCUACGCAUUUCUAACGUUCGAUUGGGUGCUUAAUAUUCAAUUUGAAAAUAUUUAGAAA